CCCUGCCGCGCGCCCGCCACAGAGCUGCAGUCCUCCGGGCGGCCUAGAGGGGCGCGCCGCUCUCACUUCCGGCGCGCGCGGCCAGAGGCCGAUCUGCUCCCCUCCUGGGGUCGGUCCCCGCAGCCCGCGGAGCGAAGGAACUUCUGCUGCCAGUGUCCUUGUCCCCACGGUGAAACAGAGCCACCCCCCGCCUCUGCAGGAGACCUUCCAACACUAGCAGCAUUGUCCAUCUCAGGAGCUCUUUGGAGAACUGGAAUUCAGAAAGAAUCUCUCAGACACUAGACGUCCAUCCCCUCCCCGCUUCAACUAGGCAGCCUCUUCAGACUAUCUCUGCCCAGAAUGGCAGGAAAGUCGGCAGCCUUGGUCUACCAUGCUCCAAAAGAGCAGGAAGGACUCAUAAUUGUGAAGGUCGAAGAAGAAAAUUAUGUUUGGGGGCAGGACUUUGGCCUUCAGGGCAAUGCCUAUAGUCAGGAGGCCUUCCGCCAGCGGUUCAGGCAGUUCGGUUACUCUGACUCCGCGGGGCCCCGGGAGGCUCUGAACCGGCUCCGUGAGCUGUGCUGUCAGUGGCUGAGGCCAGAGGUGCAUAGCAAGGAGCAGAUCCUGGAGCUGCUGGUGCUGGAGCAGUUCCUGAGCAUCCUGCCAGAGGAGCUGCAGACCUGGCUUCGAGAGAACCAACCAGGGAGUGGAGAGGAAGCCGUGGUGAUGCUGGAGGAGUUGGAGAAAGAGCUUGACGAACCAAGGCAACAGGACACAGCUCAUGGCCAAGGAAUGAUCUGGAAGGAAAUGACAUCUGUGGAAGCACUGAAGUCGCUGAGUAUCCAGCUCGAGCCCUUGGAGAACCAGGGCAAGAAUGAGAUUCAGGAGCCCCAGGGUUACUGUGAGAGAGAUGGCAAGCUGGUGGCUGACAAAUUGUUGACAGCAAAGCAAGAAAUUAUUGAAUGUGUGGCAUCAGCAGCCAUGAUAUCCUCAAGACGACUCCCUGGGGAAACUCCUUCAGGACAGGUAGUUGAAGAAGCUUUGGGAGGUCUGGACAAUUUUGAGAAGCCAAAAGGAAGUGCUUCAGGGGACAAAAUGAGUCAGCUCCCUUCCCAGGAAAGACAUUUUAGCCUGACAAGCUUCAACAAGGAAAUCUCCACAGAAGAGAGUGUCCUGGAAUGUAAUGAAGGUGAAGGAAGUCUCAGUCUGAACUCAAAUGUUAUAACACAACCGAGAAUUCACGCUGGGGGAAAGCUCUAUGAGUGCUUCGACUGUGGGAAAGCCUUUUGCCAGAGCUCAAAGCUGAUUAGACAUCAGAGAACUCAUACUGGAGAGAGACCUUAUGCAUGUAAAGAAUGUGGCAAAGCCUUUAGUCUGAGCUCAGACCUUGUUAGACAUCAGAGAAUUCAUAGUGGUGAAAAACCCUACGAAUGUUGUGAAUGUAGAAAAGCUUUCAGGGGCAGCUCAGAGCUCAUCCGGCAUCGGAGAAUUCACACUGGAGAGAAACCUUAUGAAUGUGGUGAAUGUGGGAGAGCUUUCAGCCGGAGCUCAGCCCUUAUUCAGCAUAAGAAAAUUCACACUGGAGACAAAGGCUAUGAAUGUAUUGAAUGUGGUAAGGCUUUUGGUAGAAGCUCUAUCCUUACUGAACAUCAAAGAAUUCAUACUGGAGAGAAACCUUAUGAAUGUAAUGAAUGUGGAAAAUCCUUCAAUCAGAGCUCAGCCCUCACCCAGCACCAGAGAAUCCACACUGGAGAAAAGCCUUAUGAAUGUAGUGAAUGUAAGAAAACAUUUAGGCAUAGAUCAGGCCUUAUGCAGCAUCAGAGAACUCACACCAGAGUUUAACUCUUUGGGUAAGAGUUGUACAACUAUGAAAUACUAGGAAUUCACUUUGGGGGUGAAUAAUGGGAUAUGUAUAUAUGAUAUAUAUGUGAUAUAUGAUAUAUAUAUAUGGUUCUGUUGAAAUGCAUGUAUGGCAGGGGAGUACCUAGCCUGGUCCAUGAGUCACUAAAGGCUUCCUGGAUGUGAUGAAAUCUCAGUUGAGGCAUAAAACAUGGGUAGAAGUUAGCCAGACCAAGGCAAGAAGGAAGAGAAGAAUGUUACAGGCAGAGGUUAUAGCACAUGCAAUGGCAUGAACAGAGGAUCUGGAGACAUCCCUUCCUCUGAACUCUUCUCUCUGGCAGGAAUUUUUUCUUGGGGGCCCCUGGUUCAGAAGCCAGGGUAGGUGUUUGUUCCUCUCUUCCUAUUUAGUCACUGAGUUGGGUGGCCUAUCCCAGUUCUCUUGGAGUACUUAGGAGAAUUAGUGAUGGAAGACUUUGCUGCGUUGUAUGGAAAAAGGCAUGUUUGUACACCAAGGAAAGAAUACAUGUUGGAGGCUAGAGGGACAGUGGGGACUGAAGUGCUUGUGUCCCAUGACCCUGGGGCCCAGGAAAUGGCAAGCUGACAGGAACACGGGAAUGGGAGGUCUGCCUUCCUCAUUCCCUGUUCCCUCCUCUCAUCACCAGACUCACAGAUGCUAAGCUACGUGAGGGCCAUGAAUAUUUGUUGAAUAUUCCUCAAAACUCUACUUCUCCAAUUUUUAUUUUGGCAGUUUUAAUUAACUCACAAUUGCUGAGGGCAGUUAAUACCUAAGAGGAAGUUUGAGUCCUCUUCUAAGAUGUCCUGAUUUCCCUUCCUGAUACUGUCACUUCUGAAGAAGAUGUGAUAAUCAAAGCUGUUGUGGGUAAUAGGAGAGGUGAAAUUAGGGAGACAGUUUUUGUGUCCAGAGGUUGUAGGAUUAUUAGUGAGGCCAGUCAGAAGUCUUAAAAGAUCCUUCAAAUGGAUAGAGAGUUGCCUUUUCCUAUGGGUGACAAUCAAAUGAUUUCAUGUUUUUAAUACCACUUAAUGUUUUUUUAACUGAUUGUGAAUUAAUUGUAAAUGUUGAUAGUACAGAAAAUGAGAAAGUAUAAAUCACCCACGAUCCCACUAUCCAUAGAAACUUUCUUAACAUUUUGGAGUACUUCUAGAUUUUUUUUUUACCCCCCAUCCCUAAUAUACGUGUACUUUUUUUGGUGAAAAUCUUGUUUGGUAAAUCAUUUUUAGUAACUGAUUUUAACACUUAUACUUUUGAU